ACGCCACGAAGGGAAUGAAACCGACGCCGACCCGACGAGCCGUUGCUUCGCGGGUCACAACACCUCGCUCGCCUUCCCUUCCACUUCCACAUGGCCGCUCCUCUCCACGCGCGCCUCCUCCCGCUCCCCUUGCCCCCGAACCCUAGCCCCGGCCUCCCCCCGAGCGGCGCGCGGCGGGUGCUCCGGCACCCGCGCCGCUGCCUCGCGACGCCGCCGUCGCGGAACGGGAGCUCCUCCUCGCCGGAGACCGAGUGGUGCCCGGUGCCGCCGGAGCAGCGCCCCGUGAACGAGUACGAGGCGCUCGCGGCGUCCCUGCCCUUCUCCUGGGCGGCGGGGGACCUCCGCGUCUACUGCUCCCGCCUCGCGCUCACGGGCGCCGCCGUCGCGCUCUUCGUCGGGCUCCCCGUCGCCGCCUUCGGGGGACGCGGCGGGGCCGGCGGCGACGCUCUGCACCUCGCGCUCGGCGCCACGGGGUCCGGGAUCCUCGCCGUCACGCUCGCCGUCGUGCGGAUGUACCUCGGGUGGGCCUACGUUGGCAACCGCCUGCUCAGCGCCACAGUGGAGUAUGAGGAGACGGGAUGGUAUGAUGGGCAGAUAUGGGUUAAAACUCCAGAAGUUUUAGCUCGCGAUCGACUUCUAGGCUCAUUUUCUGUCAAGCCUGUGCUAAACAGAGUGAAGUUCACCUUGGUGGGUCUGGCAGGCUCCCUGAUCCUUUGCAUUCUUCUUUACGUGAACACCGAAAACCCAAAGGAACCAUAUGUUAAUACCGGUGGAAGGGCUAUCCCUGGAGUGUACAGUGACACUGCCGCAAGGUCAUUUGAGCCUGAUGCAUUCUGUGGAGAGCCUGAUCUUUCGUAGCAUCGCAAAGCUUGGACGUUGGAAGGUUUUUAGAUGGUGGCAUAUGGUCUCAUAGGGUAUACAGGUUGUUCCCCUCUUUGUCUUGUGGCUCUUGCCUUUGUAUGGUGGAUGCUUCCAUUUCUGUACGGGGGUUUUGAUCCAUCGACUCAGGGUAAUGUAAAUAUUUGACCACACGUAGUACCGAUAUUUUAGACGCAGGCGCCUUUUGAAAA